AUGAUCGUCAUCUCUUGCUUCAACUUCCUUUUCUUCAGGAACACUCGGCUGCGCAUCCGGCCGUCUCAUACGCCGCAGGACCGCCGCUACCAGCGGUAUCUGCGGAACCUGUGCGUGCCAUUCCUCUUUGAGUGUGCAUGGCGCAGUGUCUUUCCAAGCCUCUACAACGAGCGACAGGUGCUGUUUGACACGCCCCUGAACUCGAUCCUGCUUGACCGGAGCUUGGCGGCGUUGGGCGAGCUGUGCUGGGUCUUGCAGAUUUGCUUGAUUCUUGAGCAGCUCGCAACAGAUCUGCGCCAGCACUGGUUGAAGGGCUGCUGCGGCAAGUGUUUCGUCGAGCUUUGCAGCAUGAUCAUGGCUGUGCUGGCUUUCGUGGGAGAGUGCUUCUCCUUCGUAGGCACGUUCACUACAAAUGCUUACUUCGAGGUCUUGGAAGCCAUGUGUUGGUGCUCCCUGUUCGCCCUGGCCUCGCUGGCCUCCCUCACAUUGUUGGUGCGGACUCAUAUGGCAGGGGCAUGUGGUGUGGCCGCCAAGCGUUUUCUGGUGGUGCUCACGCUGCAGGGCUUCCUCUACUGCCCGUACAUGGUCAAGUUCAACAUCCCAAUGUACUGGCGCAUCUUCCGUCACGAUGAGGAGCAAGGCAAAACCUACAUGUCCAUCUUGGAGGGCAUCGUGGACUCCGCGAGGACCCGCGUGAAGUGCCAAGAAUGGAGCUGUUGGAAGGAUGACUGGUUCUGGAUGUCAUUCUACUUUUCGUUCGCGGUUUGGAGCAGCAUAUGCAUGAUGUAUGCUCCAAGACUGAGAUUUGCUCGCUUGACGAGUCAGGCUGUAGCACCGUAG